AUGGCGAGGAUGGCAUGGGUCUGCCGAAAGUGCCCUUAUCGUGGGUUCCGGCGGUUCCUGGCAGUUGCGUCGUCGCCCGUUAACAAGCUCAUAGGAGCACAACUUUUCCCAUCAGAACUUAAAAAAGGUCACCCCUACAACAUAUACACUCGUCGGCGCCUUCGCGUCGGAGGAAAGCCCCCGGGGCCGGCGCCGCGGCCAACCCUUGGUUCACCCUCCCCCUCUUCGCGGUCAUCAACCCGCGGCGGCCGUCGCCUCGUCUCCGUCCUCAAGAUCCGCCUUCAGGAGCCCAUUGUCGAACAGCAGAGGAAAAACACACCACCACUACGUGAUGAGAUGGUGGUCGUCCAGCGCUACCUGGAGCUGCUGUCGCGGUGCCGCGGCGGCGCCGACGCGCGGCCGAUCGCGCGGAUCCAGGCGGCCCUGGUCACGUCGGGCCUGCUCCGGCGCAGCGCGGAGCUCCACGACGCGCUCAUCCGGGCGCUCGCCAGCUCCGGGACGCCGCACGCCGCGCUGCCGCUCUACGCCCACCUCAUCCGCGCGGGCCUCCUGCCCACCCCGCACACCCUCCCCUCCCUCUUCAAGUCGCUCGCCCUCUCCCCCGCCGUCCCCGGCGCGCGCCGCCUCGCGCUCGCCGUCCACGCCCAAGCCGUCAGGCUCGGCCUCACCGGGUUCCUCCUCGUGAACAACGCGCUCAUCCGCGUCCACGCGGGCCUGCUCGGCCGCCUCUCCGACGCGCACCUGCUGCUGCGCGCCGCGGCCGCCGUCGACGCCUCCACGUUCAACACGCUCAUCACGGCGCACGCGAGGGCUGGCCGUGUCGCCGACGCCCGCUCGCUGUUCGACGAAAUGCCCGAGAGGAAUGCCGUGUCCUGGAGCGCCAUGGUGAAUGGGUACGUGCAGGCUGGGGACGGGAGGGAGGCGCUGGGGGUGUUCUCCCAGAUGCAGGCCCAAGGUGUCCGCCCGGACGACACGGUUCUCGUCGGGGUGCUUGCUGCGUGCGCGCAGCUGGGGGCUCUGGAGCAGGGGAAGUGGGUGCAUGGUUACCUCAGAGCAAACAAUAUCAGGAUGACCGUGUUCCUGGGCACUGCGUUGGUUGAUAUGUAUGCCAAAUGUGGUGAGAUGCAGCUUGGAAUGGAGGUGUUUGAGGGAAUGAAGGACAAGAAUGUGCUGGCCUGGACUACCAUGAUAAAGGGCCUGGCUAUGCACGGCCGAGGCUCAGACUCAUUGAUGCUCUUCUCCCAGAUGGAGAGCUCAGGUGUUAAGCCGGAUGACAUUGCCUUCAUUGGUGCUCUCUGUGCUUGCACACACACUGGGUUGGUUGACAAGGGUCGGCAGCUUUUCAAUUCCAUGGUGAACAACUAUGGUAUUAAACCAAAGAUUGAGCAUUAUGGAUGCAUGGUAGACCUCCUGGCACGGAAUGGCCUGCUGAGUGAGGCCAGAGACAUGGUUGAGAAAAUGCCCAUGAAACCGGAUGCCUUAAUCUGGGGAGCUCUAAUGGCUGGUUGUAGGUUUCACAAGAAUGUGGAGUUGGCUGAGUAUGUUAUAAAGCACUGGAUUGAACUGGAGCCAGACAAAAGUGGUGCUUAUGUACUUUUAGGUAACAUAUAUUCUGCUUCUGGUAGGCAUGCGUCUGCGAGGGAAAUUAGGCACCUAAUGCGUGAGAAGGGAGUUGAGAAGACACCUGGAUGUAGCAAUUUGGAGAUUAACGGAGUUAUCCACCAAUUCAUUGUUGGAGAUCUGUCUCAUCCUCGCAUAAAAGAUAUUUUGACAAAGUGGUAUGAGAUAGAUAGUAGGAUAAGGCUGGAGGAAGGUUACGUGCCUGAUAAGAAAGAGGUUUUGCUUGACAUUGAAGAAGAAGAGAUGGAAGGUGCACUCAGCCGCCACAGUGAGAAGCUGGCAAUCGCAUUUGCUUUGAUAAGUACAAAUGAUAAUAUACCCAUUCGGAUUGUCAAGAACCUCAGAGUCUGCCAAGAUUGCCAUCAUGUCACCAAACUUAUAUCCAAAGUAUAUGGGAGAGAAAUUGUUGUUAGAGAUCGAACACGUUUCCAUUUGUUCAAAGAUGGUACCUGUUCGUGCAAGGACUAUUGGUAGUAACUGACAAAUUUGUCUAUUAACA